AUGGAAAGAGAGAAAAUGACUGCUACUUUCUCAUCUCCCAAACAGUAUAAUGUUCGAUCCGUUAGCUUCCCGUCUAGAUCACAUCCAAACACUAACAAGAUUGAAGAAGAGCUCAACAAGCUUACGUCUUUAGAUUUAUCUUCUUCAUCAAUUCCCGCCCCUGAAACAAUCUUUGCCGCUCUCUCCGGUCUCACAAACUUGUACAAACACGUCUCUGAUCUUUUCAACUUGCCUGCAAAUCAACAAGCUCUAGCUCACCACCCUCAGCACAAGACAUUAAUGGUGAGUGAACUCUUAGAUGGGUCUGUAACAUUCUUAGAUAUCUGUGGCAAAACCAGAGACAUUCUUUUGCUGAUCAAACAAAGUGCUCGUGAACUCCAAUCAGCUCUUCGGCGCAAAAAGGGUGGAGAUUGGAGCAUCGACUGCUACAUCGGUGCUUAUGUUUCUUCAAGGAAGAAGACGAAGAAGGAGAUUACCAAGUCUCUCGCAUCACUUAAACAAAUGGAGAACAUAACUCCUCUGAUAUUAGAUCUAAACGAUCACCUUUCUGCCAUUGUUAAAGUGGUUAGAGAAGCGAGUUUGGUGACUCGUUCGAUCUUUCGCUCUCUCCUGUUGUUCUUGUCGGUGCCAGCAUCUAAGCCGAAGUCGGCGACGAGGUGGUCCUUGAUUUUGAAGCUCGUGAGCAAAAGGGUGGGUGCAGGGAAUGAAACCCAUCAGCCGGAGGUGGUAAUCAAGAAAAAUGAGCUGGAGAGUGUAGGUGUCGAGAUCAGGAAAUUAUUGAUGGCGAAAGAUGUAAGCGAAGAAGAUGAUGAUGAUGAUGAUGAAGCAGAGAAGAUUCGAUCGACACUACUUACCAGAUUAGAGGGCGUAGAUAUUAUGAUUGAAGAUUUUGAGAAGAGAGUAGAGUGGUUGUUCAGGCGAACGAUCGAGGCCAGAGUCUCUCUUUUGAACAGUCUUUCUACCUAG